GUGACAGAUAAUACUGUAGGAAUAGACUAAUUCUUUAUUUAUAUUUAUCUAGUGUUUAGUGACAGUCACUAUUGUAGGUAGAAAUCAAAAACAUGUAGUGACAAUCAUCAGAACAUAUAGUGACAGUCUUUAAAGUGUAGCAGGACGCCCCCUUAAAGUUGACACUAGAUUUGAGUGUCACUCAAAGUAUUAUUGACUUUUACCUACAAUUACUUACUUUUAGUGAAACAUUUUGUGUGUCACGAUAGGUCAAUUUUUUUGUAGUGUUAAUUUUUUUUUUUGUGGUUUAUAUUAUUGGGCUUCUACUUGCUAUUGGAACUAAGCUAGAACAUGUACUACAUCGUCUGUGCAUCGCCCUCUUCUUGAUUCACUUGAUCCGUCUCCAAAAUUCUUUAGUGAUAACAUUCUUUUUUUGGAUACCAGUAAACAUAUUAGUCUUAAUUAAGCUCAAAUUAUUAGAUUUUUUGCUAUACUUUUGUUUUCUUUCAUUACUUUAAAGAUUAUAACAUUAUCAUCGUAUGUAUCUCAGGUAACAUAUGGUUUUGAUUCAUGUAUAAUGGGAAGAGUUCCUUACAUUAUUCCAAGGCUCAUUAUUCGGUUAAUACACUAUACGAAAUUUUUAUAAAUUGUGACUUUUUUAUUUAUGCAUUUUCAGUCUCAAUUUUUGGUAUCCUUUAUCAUUUUUCUUACACCUUUUUUCUAUUAAUAUUUGUAGGGUAUUUAUUCAGGUGCUAUGUAGUUAUAGUACCCUACCAUUGUAUGCAUGUGUCACAUAUAGAUGGGAACUCACUCUAAGAAUGCUAUAUUAGAAAUAUAGAAUAAAACAUCACAUAAGCAAUCCAAGACUCGACACGAUGUAAGGACAUAAAUGAUUUGCACUUUGCAGGUAAGCAAGACUACAAUGCAUAAUUCCAAACACAGGAUAAUUAUUUAGAUUAGCUUUCUACUUGAGGCAAACAAAGAGCUUUCACAAAACCACGUUAAUUAAUGAUUUAGAGUGGAAGCUCAAAUAACGUUCGGUGUUUAGUGAGUGUGGUUCAAGUGAUACAACAAUUGAUAGCCUAAAUGAUUUGACAGCAAAAAAAAACAAAACUUGUUAUCUUGUAUUGGAUAAAUCAAUAAUGGGGGGAGGCCACAAUCAUCGCCUGCCCCUUAUAUCUUGUAUUGUAUAAAUCAAUAAUGUAAUCAACAGUUUGAUAUGAUUAUCAUCAUUCAUAAGUAACCUGUUGCAUCAAUUUUUGAUUAUUUGCAAUUGGCUCGUUUGCUCUAUUUUUGUGAAAUACAAUAGCAUCAUAUAUAGCAACAAAGUUCCGAAACAGUGUUAUCUAUUGAUUUGAAUUAUUGUAGAACAGACAAAAAUAAUCAAAAUAUGGUUGAUAAACAUACUCACUAGCUAAAGUUUAACUUUAUUUAUUUGACUCAGAUGUACUCACUUAGUGACUGGUUCACAUUGGAUAUCGUUUCUCAUUCUUUCAUAAUUUUUAUCCAAUCCAACAUAUAUUGCAUCAUAUAAUUUCCAAGCAAAGCAAUUCAACCAAUUAUGCAAGCAUUCUACAAUUUCUUCUAUCAAUAUUUCCCUUAUCCUUCCUUCAUAGUCAUAUAAUAUAAUCAUAUAAAUAUGCAUCUUUUCCUUCUUCAUUAGUUGUUGUCACAAUUCAGAAAAACACCCAUCAACCUCUUUUCCACCAGAUAAGGUACUCUCUGUUUCAUUUUUCACAUCAACAAAUUUAUUUUCUUGUUUUGGGCAGCAUAAGUCUCUUACCUUCUUUAUUAGGUAACUCAUUCUCAGAAGUCUCUUACAAAUUUAUUAUCAUUUAACACUGUAACUCAUUCUCUCUUCUCCAUUCUAUCAAACUUCUCAUCAAAUUUAUUAGGUGUUUGAGCUGGGUUUGUUUCUGGAUUUAUACAUCAAGAUGAUAAACUUGUGAAAUUUAAUAUAUUUUUUUGGGCUUGUUUAUCGGAACACAAUUCUAAUUCUAAUUAAUUCUUUAUGAUUAUAAAUUUUACAAAAUAAGUUUUUCUGGCUCAAAGGUUGUUUAAAGGAAUGGAUGAUAUAAAUUUGGUUACAUGGAAUGCUAUGAUUGCUGGUCAUGGACAUAUGAUGGAACUUUCAAAGGAUAAUCUUUCUGCAUACCAAAGUGGAAUCAAAGCGCUAAAAAAUUUCUCUAAGUUGAAUCGGUCGGGCAUGAAGCCUCAUUCAUUUACAUUCUCGAGUGUGUUGAGUGUUUGCAGUAGAAUGAUGGCUUUAGAACAAGGUGAACAGAUUCACGCUCGGACGAUUAAAAUCGGGUUUUUAUCAGAGGUUAUUGUAGGUUCUUCUAUAAUUAAUAUGUAUAACAAAUGUGGAAGUAUUGAGAUAGCCAGCAAAGUUUUUGUAGAGAUGUCUAUUAGAACAAUGAUAUCAUUGACUUCCAUGAUAACUGGUUUUGCACAGCAUGGUUGGUCUAAGCAAGCUUUGCAUCUUUUUGAGGAUAUGAAACUUGUAGGAGUUAGGCCAAACCAGAUAACUUUUGUUGGCGUUUUAUCGGCUUGUGGAAGGGCUGGUAUGGUCGAUGAUGCAUUCGAUUACUUCGAUAUUAUAUAGAAGGAGUAUAAAAUUAAACCUGUGAUGGACCAUUAUGCUUGUUUGGUUGAUAUGUUAGUGAGGCUCGGUUGGCUAGAGGAAGCUUUCGAUUUUGUAAAGAAAAUGGAUCAUGAGGCUAGUGAAUUUAUUUGAUCAAAAUUGCUUGUUGGUUGUAUAAGCCAAGGGAAUCUGGAAUUGGGAUAUAAUGCUGCUGAACAGUUACUAAGUCUCAAACCGAAAGAUGCAGAAACAUAUAUAUUGUUGUUGAAUACAUACAUCUCGACUGGGCGAUUUGAGGAUAUUUGUAGGGUGAAGAAUAUAAUGAAAGAAGAGAAAGUUUAAAAGUUAAAGGAUUGGAGUUGGAUUAGCAUCAAAGACAAAGUGUAAUCAUUUGAAACAAAUGACAACGAAGAAGAGGAAAAGACAUACUCCCCUACCAUUUAUCAUAGUGAGAAGCUAGCCAUUACAUUUGGGUUGGAGAAUUUGCCAAAUUCUUCACUAAUAAGAAUUGUCAAGAAUACCUUAAUGUGUAAGGAUUGCCUUAAUUUUGUUAAGUACAUCUCGACACUGACUAGUAGGGAAAUCAUUGCUAAAGAUAGUAAAAGGAUACAUAAAUUUUUCAAUGGACAAUGAUCAUCUGGGAAUAUUGGUGGUAAAUGGAUACAUAAAGUUGUAGAAUCACUGACAAGAGAGAAUUAAUAUUAUUAUAAAAGUUUGAU